AUGGUUGCUCUUUCGGAGAUAAUUGCGCACAACGAAUCCCUCAGACAACACCCCUCGGGAUUGGUAGCUCUCUUCGUCGGGGCGACAAGUGGGAUAGGGAUAGCCACCCUUCGGGUUCUGGCUAAAAGUCUACCUGAUUCGAGGCUUUAUGUCGUUGGCAGGUCAAAGGAAAGAUUUACGUCCGAGUUAUCCGAACUAGAACGACUCAGCGACUCUACAGAAAUUAUAUUCAUCGAGACCGAGAUAUCUCUGAUAAGAAAUACUAAUAAAAUUGUGGCUUGUCUGUCAAGCCGUGAAUCCAAGCUGGAUUUAUUGUAUAUGAGCCCGGGGAAUUUGGCCUUUGGCGGCCCUCAUUAUACCGAUGAAGGUCUGGACCUCUGCACCAGUUUAUCCUACUACACACGCAUGCACUUGGUUCAGCGUCUGACAACGCUGAUGCUUUCGAGCCCCAAUCCUCGGGUGCUGUCCGUCCUAGCUGGUGGCCACGAGAGGAGCCUUUUCACAACGGACCGUGACCUUGGCUUGCGAGAUCCCAGUAACUACAAUGCUCUUCGCGUUGUUGACCAGUUGACAACGCUUCAUUCCCUAGCCUUUGCUCAUCUUGCAUCUCUAUACUCCAAAAUAUCUUUCUUGCAUGUUCAUCCAGGAUGGGUCGCGACAGGGUUCCUUUCGAAUCUCCUUGGGUCAGGAGGCAUAACGGGAAAAUUACUUGGGAGAGUCGUUUCUCCCUUGUAUCGACUCAUCGCAACCACUGUAGAAGAGAGCGGAGCACGGCAAGCUUUUCAUGCUACAUCUGCCAUGUAUCCGAGUCGAGAAUAUAUCCGUACUGCAAGGAACGAUGUCAAUAAUAGUGCGGUCUGCCAUGCGAUGUAUAGUGGGUUUUAUCUCGUAGGACAAGAUGGAAGCACUGCGGGUGCUAACAAGUUUUUGAAUGGGCUGUUAGCCAAUGGAUGGGCUGGGGAGGUAUGGAAGCACACUGAGAAUGUGUUUCAAGAGGUUCUUACGAAAGGGUGACUGGUUAUGGCUAAACUACAACGAAUCAUUAUGUUUUCAGUCAUUCAAUGUUCCUUUCUAUGAUCUCACCAACAACUCUCUUUGGAGCGGUGCUACUGCAAACAGACAAUCUGGUCUUUAUUUAUCUUUAUAUAGAUACUUUCAAGUAGCGAGACUUUCG